AUGGCAAUAUGUGUUGCAAGUCAGUGGAUUAUUGGAGGUCUUGUCUCAUUACCAUUUACAUUUUAUAUUUCACCGUAUUGCGCUGUUCCACAAUGGCUAUUGUUUUACACAGUACUCAUUUUUAUAAUAGUUCCGGCAUUGAUUACUCUUAUUAUAAAUCUUAAAAUAUUCAAACAUGUUCAUGAUUCAUCCAAGAGAAUACACCAACAAAUGACGGCAACUACAGGAACUAUAAUCAUUCGUCAACAACCAGCAAUUAAUCGACGUGAUUUAUCUCUAUUGAAACAUGAUCUUUAUGUUUUCAAUGUUUAUUAUUGGAUGGACUCCAAUUUUUUCUCUUGA